CACUCAUUUUUUUGGACCUUUCUCGUUAGGUCUUGCAUUGUCACUUCCCUCUUUCCCGAUGUCCUUCCUUCUGGCAAUUUCUAUAAUUUCAUCCUCGAGCCUUUUCGUUUAGACGAUUUUAGAAUGUUUUCGCUCAUUGAACUCAACCGUAAUAAUUUUGACUGUUCAAAGGGUUAAUUUGAAAAAGAUAUAAUCCGCGAGGCCGAGGAGAAGGGAGAUAAUACCGAGUUUGUUUUGGGUCGAUAUUAGGGCAGGCGGUAGCGGGGAGCAAUUGACGACUUUGCGUAAGCAGGAAGCAGAGAUAGGAGGAGUACAGAUGUGAUGCCAGCCAGGGAAGCAGUUUGAGAAUCAGGAAUCAAAAUCAGAAGCGCGAUGGGCGGUGGUUGGAGAAGAACUUUGGGUACUGUGAGGUCCUUCGUAAGCAAUUCCAUGGGCAGUGUUCGAGGAGGAACGAACCUCGCUUCUUGGCUUGUGGCCGGAACCCUGGCUUACUUCCUUUGGGUCAAACCCUCUCGAGACCUGCACCGCCAACAACAGGCUGCUCUUGCUGCUUCGGAUCCUCAUCGCUAUGUUGAGAAACGAAAACCCAUCCCUGACCCUCAGGAAACAGGGUUGAUAUAUGGGAACAAAGGCAAGGACGAAGUUGGUAGCAAAUAUGGGGACAAGGGCAAGGACGAAGUUAGUAGCAAAUAAGCCAAAGGGACGAACUCUUCGUCUUCGGCAUAAACUGCCAGUACUUGUGGUACGUUUGCUGUGUUCCUCUGUUGUCUGGCUACUCACAGCUCCAGUAUUCCCGAAUUUACAAGACUUGUUGAUCCCUAUAGUUCUCUAACUUUUCCGGAAUACGCAAUCGACAUACUUUUAUACAAUGCAAUAAAGAAUUGAGUACGUUGAGGUUUGUGGUAUGCCUGUGUCUCGUAUCCUUCAAAUAAUAUACCUGUAAGUUGUGUGGUUGUGUGAAAACUGAAUCCUUUUUUAAGCGAAAAUAUUUUGCCCUUCUGGCUUCCACAAUCCAUCUGCGGAUCCUCAAAAUAUCUUGAACGGUGUGAGCCACAUGACAGCAAAUUUAACACUUGGAGAUAUGAUGUAUCUUAUUAUGUUGUUAGCUGCUUUUUCGGGCAGGAACUUUGUUGAUUUAUUGAUUUUGUUUUAA